GCCGCCGGCAGCACGAGCCCGCGGGUCAGCUGUGUUAAGCGGUGACGCGGGGUCUGGCCUUUCCUGGGAAGGGAACUUACCUGCUCCCGGCGCGGAGAGCUCUGUGGAACCCUUUUCCAUUUUCUGGGAAGAUUUCUGCCGAUGUCCGAAGAUUCAGGGCCAAGAGAGAAGAGCUCAGGAUAGAGAUGAAUGUCACAGGAAUUACCUGCUUACUGGUUUCCUUCUCUCUGACCUGCCUGGUGGUCACUCCCGGGGGCAGGGCCUGUCCUGGCCACUGUGCCUGUUAUGUGCCUACAGAGGUUCACUGCACCUUCCGCUACCUGACCACCGUGCCAGCCCACAUCCCACCCAACGUGGAACGCAUCAACUUAGGGUACAACAACUUGGUUAGAUUGACAGAAACUGAUUUUUCUGGCCUAAACAAAUUGGAGUUACUACUGCUGCACAGCAAUGGGAUUCCCACAAUCCCUGCUAAAAUCUUCUCUGAUUUACAGGCCCUGCAGGUCUUAAAAAUGAGCUAUAACAAAGUCCAAAAACUUCAGAAAGAUAGUUUUUAUGGCCUGAGAAGCUUGACACGGUUGUACAUGGACCACAAUAAUAUUGAAUUUAUAAAUCCAGAGGCUUUUUAUGGACUCACCGUUCUCCGACUGGUACACUUAGAAGGAAAUCAGCUCACGAAGCUCCAUCCAGAUACAUUUGUCUCUCUGCGCUACCUCCAGAUAUUCAAAACAUCUUUUAUUAAAUACCUAUACUUGUCUGAUAACUUCUUCAGCUCCCUCCCUCAAGAGAUGGUCUCCUACAUGUCUCAUCUGGAAAGUCUCUACCUUCAUGGGAACCCCUGGAUCUGUGAUUGCCACUUAAGAUGGCUGUCUGACUGGAUACAGGAGAAGCCAGAUAUAAUAAAAUGCAAAAGAGACAGAAGUCCCUCCACUUCUCAGCAAUGUCCACUUUGCAUGAACCCCAGGACCUCUAAAGACAAGCUCUUAGCUAUGGUCCCAGCUGAAGCUUUCCUGUGUACCAAGCCGACCAUUGACUCAUCCUUGAAAUUGAAGAACCUGAAUAUUCUGGAAGAGAAUGGUUCUGUGUCCCUCUUUUCCCAAGAUUUCAAAGAACCCUUUGGCUCCCUCACUUUGAAUAUGACAGAUCAGUCUGGAAAUGAAGCUAAUAUGGUCUGCAGUAUCCAGAAGCCUUCAAGGACAUCAUCCAUUACAUUCAACAAAGAAAAUAACUAUAUCAUGCUAAAUACACCUUUUUCAACAUUUCUGAUGUGUAACAUAGAUGACAGUGACAUUCAGCCAGUGUGGCAAGUUCUGGCUUUGUACAGUGACUCUCCACUGAUACUAGAAAGGAGCCACUUGCUCACAGAAAUACCACAACUCUGGUACAAAUAUAAACAGGUGGCUUCUAAGCCUGAAGACAUAUUUACAAAUAUAGAGGCAGUUCUCAGAGCUGAGCCCUCUUGGCUGAUGCAAGACCAAAUUUCCUUGAAGCUAAACAGAGCUGCCACCACACUUAGUACAUUGCAGAUACAAUACUCUAGUGGUUCUCAAGUCACUUUACCAAAUGUUGAAAUGAAGCCAGAGAAAUAUAAAUGGACCAUGAUUUCCAGGAAUAAUAAUACUAAGUUGGAACAUACUGUUUUGGCUGGUGAGACCAUUGACCUAGACUGCCCAGGUCAAGGAGACCCUACCCCACAUUUGGAGUGGCUUCUAGCUGAUGGGAAUAAAGUGAAAGCCCCUUAUGUGAGUGAGGAUGGGCGAAUCCUAAUAGAUCAAAGUGGGAAACUGAAGCUCCAGAGAGCUGAUAGGUUUGACACAGGCAUUUAUCAUUGCAUAAGCACUAGUAAUGAUGAUGCAGAUAUGCUCUCCUAUAGGGUAACUGUGGUAGAGCCCGACAUAGCUGCCUAUAAGGAAAAUGGGGCUUAUCACACAGUUUUUACUGGUGAAACAGUAGACCUUCCAUGUCAUUCUACUGGCAACCCAGAUGCCUCUGUUAGCUGGGUUCUUCCAGGAAAUAUUGUGCUCUAUCAAUCCUCGAGAGAUAAGCAAAUUCUUCACAAUGGCACAUUAAGAAUAUUACAGAUAACUCAAAAAGACCAAGGUCAUUAUUGUUGUGUAGCCGCUAACCCAUCCGGGGUUGAUUUUUUGAUUAACCAAGUUUCAGUCAAAAUAAAAGAACAAAGGGCAGUGGAGUACAAUGGAGAAACAGAUGGAUCUGGACUUGAUGAGCUUGAUUCCACUGGGGCUGAGUCUAGAAAACAAGUUGCAAGCACAGGUAAGAAGCACAACUCUUGGAUGUCAGGACACCAGCAGCAUGGCAAAGCAACAAGCCAACGUUUUAAAGAGCAUAGAAGGCAUUUCACUCCCUCUGCAUGGAAAAUUGACCCACAACACUGGGCCACACUUUUGGAGAAAGCUAAAAAGAAUACUAUGCCAGAGAAGAAAGAAAAUACCACAGUAAGGCCACUUCUACCAGCCACCCAACUCCGGGAAAUACAUGUCAAGGAACUAGAUGCUUCAGGCAUGCUCCCGCCAGAUGAAGAGUUUAUGAUCCUGGCAACUGAAGCACCCAAUGUUUUGGUAAGGACAAUGGCAGCUGAUGCCAGAAAAAUAUCUGUUAGCCCUGUGACAAAUAGUAUUACUGGCACUUAUAGCGCCCCAAUUGUGAGUUCACAACUACCACCACCUGAAAAACCAACAGAUUUCAAACUAUCUAUUAAAACUACAGCCAUACCAAAAGACAGAAACCCAACCACAUCAAACAAAAUGCAAAGCAUAACCAGCCUAAAUCUGCCAACUUUAUUUCCACUGUUCUCUGAAGUGACAGAAUUUCAGGAUAGUGACCUCGUGGGAAGGAAAAGAGAGCAUUUGCAAAGUUUAUCCCUAAUACCAGUGGCAACUAAGAUCAAAGAUGUGAAUAUCAAAAUGUCUAGUGGCACUAAUACCAAAGCACAUACAUUCUUAGGGUUAGUAAAUGGCAGAAAUAAUCAUCAGACAUCUGUGACAGGAGUCAGCGAGCCCAGGAACAAUCAUGUCCGUUCUCACAGUAUUCAAAAGCUUAGCCCCUCCAAGGUCUUGGACCCAUACACUGCUGUUCAUUCUCAUGUACAAAUUCCUAGAAACAGUACAACUAAUUUCCCACUGUCCAGACGUUUUGGAAGAUGGAAGAAAAUUUGGGGCAGGGGGCGAAUCAUCAGCCCAUAUAAAACUGCAAUUACCCAACAGCGCAGUUACGGCUUUGCAAGGUCAACAUUCAGAGGUUCUUCUGUAGAAAGCACUACUGCAUUGUUAGCCACAGAGCCCAAUAGGGUAUGCCCAGCUUGUUCUCCCAAAGAAAGGAUCAUCAUUGCUGCAGUAGCAUUGUCUUUUCCAAGUUCUUCCCCUGUCACCAUCUCUAAAGCUGACAUUGCCAGAGUCACAACAAGGGAGCCUACAAGUCCAGUGAACAAUCCAUCACUGCUACUUGAGAACAAACAAAAUGCAGCUAUUGAGAAAACAACACACAGAAUAAAAUAUCUCAGCACUGAAAGUACCCAAAUGACUCCAACUGGUACAAUCAGAUCUCAUAUCCCAAUACCCAUAUCUUUGGAAAAAACUCUUGUAACAGAUUCCAGUUUCCCAAGUGCAUGUAACACAAGUGAAACUAAAAGAGAUUCAGUGAUUACACUGCCACUUCCAGGUCCUACCACCAACACAUCUGUACCCACUCCUAUAGCCAUUACAAGAUUUUCAAGAAGGAAACUUCCUUGGCAUCAAAUCUUUGUAAAUAAUCAUAUCCAAAAAGAAAGGUUAAAGAAUCAACAUGAAUUUCAUUUGCAAAAAAGCAUAGCCACAGCACUUCCUAAAAUAAUUCCUUCUUUACCCACAAAUAAAAUUUCACCCUUUGAUUUCACAACACUCUCAGCAAGUGUGAUGCAUGUUCCAUCUGUAACAUUGGCUGCCACUCACAAUACCAGCAAACCGAACAUUCCUACGAGUCUCCUGAAAAUUAAGCGACUGCCCUUCCCACUCAUUGCCCCUACUCUUCCUGCUAUCUCAAGUAAAGAAUCAAGAACAGAUUUGAUAUUAAUGCAAAUAGACAUGUUAACUACUCCUAUGGCCCCUCGAUCUAUCACUACCAAUAAACUCCAAAUAGCCAGACCCAGAGCACGGAAAGUACAAAGAAAAAAGGAGCCUCAAAAGAGGAAUGACCCAAACAACUCUCUUGGCCAGAAUUCUGGCUUCACUACAUCCACUGCCAUGACACCUGUUCUGAUUAGAGCUGAAACUCCAACCAAGUUCAGGAUCUCUGCUUUUUCUCAUCCCCCCUUAGAAAACACAAAAGGAAUUCCAAGUACAAUUGGUGUUCAUGUGACAACCCUUAAUAUGACAGAUGUAGUUAAAGAACUACUUCAAGAGAAUACUCAGACUUUGAAGAAAACAACUACUUCUGAAACAAUUUUGUCCAGCAGACGACAGCAGACCCCAACAAGGGCAACAGUCAUUGGACGCUCAAUUGUGCCAUCACUCCUGAGCAGCAGCGCCCCUCCCGUGCCUAGCCUCACCGCCCCUCCCUUGCGUAAUCAGAGUACAAUCACCAACAGGGAGGCAGCUCCUGUUUUCAGGAUGACAGAUACAAUGAUCAAGCUACAUGAAACCUCAAGGCACCAUGCCAGUCCACAGCACUUAGCAGCAGUGGUUGCAACAGCUCCCACGGCUCAGCCAAAGUUCACCAAAUUCACAAGUGGAACCUCCCACUUUAUCUACUCCACUCUAUUAUAUUCUACCCCUAUACCAGCUCUAAAAAUAGUUAAAUCACAGAACUCUAAUUUGUCUCCCUCUUCUUGGUCAGAAAACUACUUUGGGCACAAGUCGUACCCAAAAAUUGUUGAAAAAGGCCAAAAGCCAGUAGUGAGCAUGUUGCUUUCUCCAAGCUUGCCAGGGGACACUACUCACAGUCCAAACUGGGAUGGACGGAAGAAUGCAAAGAAAAGUGGCUUUUAUAAGACACCGAUUCAGGAAAUAACAAAUUCUGAACUUUCCUUUGACCCUUUGUCUAGAGAUAUAUUUGAAAGACCCAGAAUAAUUGGAGGAAAAGCAGCAAGUUUUACUGUUGCAGCUAGCUCAGAUGCCUUCCUUCCUUGUGAGGCAGCUGGAAACCCCUUGCCCACCAUCCACUGGACCAGAGUCUCAUCAGGACUUGCUUUGUCUAGAGAGAAACAGAAUAGCAGGUUCCAGGUGCUUCCCAAUGGCACCCUGUCCAUACAAAGAGUGGACAUUCAGGAUCGUGGACAGUACUUGUGCUCAGCAUCCAAUCAGUUUGGCACAGACCACCUUCAUGUCACCUUGUCCGUGGUUUCCUAUCCCCCCAGGAUACUUGAGAGCCAAACCAAACAAAUCACAGCUCAUUCUGGAAGCACUGUGGAAUUGAAGUGUAGAGCAGAAGGGAGGCCAAAGCCUGUGAUUUCCUGGAUUCUUGCAAACCAAACAGUGGUCUCAGAAUCAUCACAGGGGAGUAGGGGGGCCACCCUGGUGACAUCUGAUGGAACAUUGGUCAUCCACAAUCUCAGCAUUUAUGACCGGGGCUUUUACAAAUGCAUGGCCAGCAACCCUGCUGGUCAGGAGUCAGUGCUGGUUAAAAUACAAGUCAUUGCACCCCCACCUAUUAUUCUAGAGCCAAAGAGGCAACUCAUUGCAGGGAGCUGGGGUGAAAGUUUGAAAAUGCCCUGUACUGCCAAAGGAACUCCUCAGCCCCGUGUUCACUGGGUCCUCUCCAAUGGCACUGAAGUGAAACCAUUACAGCUCAUCAGUUCCAAACUGUUCUUAUUUUCAAAUGGGACUUUGUAUAUAAAAAAUAUAGACUCUUCAGACAGAGGCACUUACGAAUGCAUUGCUACCAGCUCCACUGGCUCAGAGAGAAGGGUGGUGACUCUUACCCUGGAAGAGCCGGAAACCAUCCCCAGGAUAGAAUUUGCAUCUAAGAAACAGAUUGAGGUGAAUUUGGGGGACAAACUACUACUGAACUGCUCAGCCAUUGGGGAUCCCAAACCCAAAAUAAUCUGGAGGCUACCAUCCAAGGUUGUCAUUGACCAGCGGCUCAGAAUUGGUAGUCAGAUCCACGUCUACCCAAAUGGAUCCCUGUUCAUUGCCUCAGUAACAGAAAAAGAUGUUGGCGACUAUGUGUGUGUGGCAAGGAACAAAAUGGGGGAUGAUCUGAUACUGAUGCAUGUUGGCUUAAGAUGGAAACCUGCCAAAAUUGACCACAAGCAACAUUUUACAAAGCAAGUGUUUCAUGGGAAAGAUUUCCAAGCUGAUUGCAAAGCUUCUGGCUUGCCAGUGCCCAAGAUAUCUUGGAGUUUGCCUGACGGAACAAUGAUAAACAAGAGAAUGCAAGCUGAUGACAGUGGACACGGGAUCAGGAGGUACACCCUUUUUGAUAAUGGAACCUUAUAUGUCAAUAAAGUCGGGAUAGCAGAGGAAGGUGAUUAUACCUGCUUUGCCCAGAACACUCUAGGAAAGGAUGAGAUGAAGGUGCAUCUGAUAGUGAUAACAGCUGCCCCUCGGAUCAGACAGCGUUACACCACAAACAUGAGGAUCCAUGCUGGAGACACAGCCUUCCUUGACUGUGAAGUCACUGGGAAGCCUAAACCAAAAAUAUUUUGGUUGCUGCCUUCUAAUGAUAUGAUCUCAUUUUCAAAGGACAGGUACACAUUUCAUUCCAAUGGGUCUUUGUCCAUCAACAAAGUGAAACUUGUUGAUUCAGGAGAGUAUGUGUGUGUAGCCAGGAAUCCCAGUGGGGAUGACACCAAAAUACACAAACUGGACAUUGUCCCCAAGCCUCCAUUGAUCAAUGGCUUGUAUACAAACAAGACUAUUAUUAAAGCCACAGCCGUUAGGCAUUCCAAAAAACAUUUUGACUGUACAGUCGAAGGGACACCAUCUCUUCAAAUCAUGUGGAUCAUGCCCGACAACAUUUUCCUCACAGCCCCUUACUAUGGAAGCAGAAUCACAGUCCAUAGAAAUGGAACUCUAGAAAUUAGGAAUGUGAGGCUUUCAGAUUCAGCUGACUUUAUCUGUGUGGCUCGGAAUGAAGGAGGAGAGAGUGUGCUGGUGGUACAGUUAGAAGUACUAGAAAUGCUGAGAAGACCCACAUUCAGAAAUCCAUUUAAUGAGAAAGUAGUCACUGAGCUUGGAAAGACCACAGCAUUGGAUUGCUCUGUUGAUGGAAAUCCACCACCUGAAAUCAUCUGGAUUUUACCAAAUGGCACACGAUUUCCCAGUGGGCUGCAAAAUCUUCAGUAUCUCAUAGCAAGCAAUGGUACUUUUAUCAUUUAUAAGACAACCUGCGAUGAUGCAGGAAAGUAUCGGUGUGCAGCAAGAAAUAAAGUUGGCUAUAUUGAAAAAUUAAUUGUAUUAGAAGUUGGCCAGAAGCCAGUUAUUCUUACUUAUGCACUAGGCACAGUAUACUGCAUCAGUGGAGAAUCUCUCUCAUUGGAUUGUGUAACGGAUGGAAGUCCUAAGCCAAAUAUCAAAUGGGUUGUUCCCAGUGGUUAUACAAUAGAUAGGCCUCAAGUUAAUGGAAAAUACAUAUUGCAUGAAAAUGGCACUUUAGUCAUCAAAGCAUCAGCAGCUUAUGACAGAGGUAACUAUAUUUGUCAUGCUCUAAAUAGUGUUGGUCAUGCACUGAUUACUGUGCCGGUAAUGGUUGUAGCGUCCCCUCUCCGAAUUACCCAUCGCUUACCCAGGAACAUCCUCAAAAGGACAGGAACAGCUGUUCAGCUGCACUGAGUAGCUGAACAGUUUUGGGAGUCCCCAAACCAGAAAUCACAUGGGAGAUGCCUGACCACCCCCUGCUCGUAAAUAAAAGGACACACUGAACAGCUUCACCCACAAGCUAUGUUAAUUAUUCAGAACCCUCAAACUUCAGAUUCUGGAAUUUAUAAAUGCACAGCAAAGACUCUACUUGGCAGUAAUUAUGCAACAACUUACAUUCAAGUAAUAUAACAUGAAAGAAAAUUGCUUGAACAAAGUUAACAUCUGGAGACAGUUUAUUUUUUGGAAGAAUGUUUAAUCAAAGGCAGCCAUAGGCAUGUAAAUGAACUGAAUACAUUUACAAUAUUAAAUUUUUAAUGGACAUGCAAAAAAAACUUCAUAAAGAAAUGCAUUGUAAAUUGAUACUGAUUUCUUUAAUGGAUCUCAAACAAACCUUUUAACUUAAGGCACUUUUAUUUUGCCAACAAAUAACAAUGAACAUUAAGAAAAACUGUCACUCACAAAAUAACAAAUGGCUAAUGUACCUGAAUUCAUUAAAUAAAGGACUUUUUUCUUUC